AUGGGUGGACAGUGGGAGUUGGGUCCAGAAGACGACAAAGGAAAAGAACCAAGCAGAGAGAGAGGAGAGAACUGGACAGACGCAGAAGCCAUGCAGAUGCCAGGAGGUGAGGGGAGGAAAGAAAUACACACACAAGAUGGCCGACAAGAGACAGAGAUGAAGAAACCAACACAAAAUGGCUCAGAUGAGACAGAAAUGGGGAACCAACACAAGAUGGCCGACAAGAGACAGAGAUGGGGAACCAACAAAAGUGCAAAGGCUCUCGUCCACUGGGACCUGGGACCUGUCCGGAGAGAAUUAUGUGUGGGUGAAGUUUGUCCUGGUCCCUAG